AUGUCUGCCUCUGGGCAUUGCACAAGCCAGCGCUACGGUCAAGUUUCUUCCUACUCUUCGAACGCCCUCCGGGAAUCGUUGCUCAAAACCGAGAUAUCGCAAGCCGAAUUACAAGGCGAUGGUGAUAUAUAUGACUACCUUCGCAAAUGGCAGCAAAGGAACCAGCACUUGAUCAAUGAAAUGGAUCCAAUCCAGGUACCUGGCGAUGGAAACAACAGAACAACCCUUAAAGGUGAUAUGUUGAAGGACGGAGUGGGGAGCCAGGCGGACAAUAUUGAUUUAUUUGACAUGGAUGAAUACCGCCACUCUCUCGAUGAGGAUGCGGGCUCGCGCUUCCUCCAACCUGGAGACUUGGUUGUUCUCAAAUCAGAAUCAAGUUUUUCAGAUGGUCAGCUGGCAAUAUACGUACGGUCAUUGGAAAUGCAGCAUCAGUUUUAUACAAUGAGAGGUAAAUGGCGCUCUACAAGCCUCACCAAAACGGAAUUUAUCGCUAGCAAGGUGGCGACACUAGAUAUGUUGAAAAUACUUUUGCCCUACUUUCCAUCACGAAGAGUCGAAAAGGCCGCUCUGUCCCAGUUAGGAGAAGAGGGCGGUGUUCCACGUCCUAUCGGUGCUCACCUUAUUGAGUUAAUGAUGGGCUUCAGUGCUGAAGCAGAAGAAUUCCAUCGCACUCAUGCAAUCGUUUUGAACGACUUAUACAAUAAACUUGUUGCUGAUGAGCAUAUUCCCAUAAUGACCCUAGAUGAAAUUGCAGAAAAGGCUCUUGGACUUGAUCCUUCCCAAUUGGCAAUCCCACAGAGAUGGGCUGUUCAAAGAGCAAUAGGUCGCCUAUCAUUUUUCAUCACUCCUAAUAAGAUUGGACCAUUCACUGAAUCAUAUACCAUUCGGCCGAAAGAUGAAGCCAAGAAGGUCGCCACAGUCAUUCGCUGGACUCGAGAAUACCAGAAUCGGAUGAAGAAACUCUCCUUAGGGGAAACCAUACUUGACAAUGGUAAACAUCCGAUAGAGAUGUUUAUCCUGAAGGCCCGACGAAUCAUUCACAAAAGCCGGCAGUCUAGAUCGCCAACAAUGGUUUUCUCAGUAGGGCCAAGUGCGAAAAAAACGUUAGCUUCUGUUGAUGAAAACGGAAGUUCUUAUUCCAAAGAUGAAAUCGAAACAUUUUCUGAAACGGACAAAAUUAUUCUUGAUUACUUUCGCAUGUGGAUGCUUCCUCCCUGUCUCAUGACGGCUGGGACUUUGAGCACAUCGGGUUCUACUAUCCUUCGCGCUAUCGGCCUCUACAACGACUUGCGUUUGACGCCGCCAACAGGGUAUUUGUUUUUGCAAGAAAUGGGUGUCCUUACUCCAUGGGAAAAUCUCCAUGUCCUUUACGAACAACUGGCACUUCCUGGCCAUGGAAUUUCCCGAACUGCAGACAUGAUAGAGGAGGAAUCCAACAAAUUUUGCGAAAAUCUUGGACCAGACAACCUUUCAGAUACGAUGGAGGCUCUAAGGAAAGACUGGGGUGAUCUUCCUGUCUUCUGUGUUGAUGAUGUUCACGCGGCAGAAAUCGAUGAUGGGUUUUCCGUCGAGCCUAUUCCCGGUUCUGAUGAUACGUACUGGGUUCAUGUUCAUGUUGCCAACCCGUCUGCGUUUGUCCCUCCCGAUCAUAUAGUUGCUAAAAGAGCCGCCGAAUUCAAGAGAUCGUUUUACUCCCCCGAACGAGUAUAUUCCAUGCUACCUCCAGCUCUCGUCCACAAAUAUUUUAGUUUGGCUCCUGGCCGCCCAACUUUAACUUUCAGUGCGAAGAUUAACAUGCUGGGGGAUAUACUUGAAACCAAUAUAACUAACGGAUAUAUCAAGAAUAUAAUAUACGUCACUCCAAAUAAGGUCCGAAAACUUUUUGGUAUUAAUAGAGAGGAAGCCCCUUCCCUGACUAUAUCAUUCGACGGCAGAUUGCCAGAGCAACCUCCCGAAGAAGCUCAAAAUGAUAUCCGUGACGAGCAUAAAUCAAUUUUCUAUACAUUAGAAAAGCUAAUGGCAGCUCGCCGUGAGAAACGAGUGGAUAAAGGUGCUCUAGAAUUUCUAUCCCGCCGAAAGUCCCAACCAAGAAUAUAUGGUGGAAGGGAUCGAAAUUCAAUGCAUUCUGUCGAUAGAACCAUUGCAUAUCAUUAUACUGGAGAUCCAGCGGUUCAUUUCAACAAUAUAGUAACUGACCCAUUUGAGAUGAUGGAAUCAACAAAGGAGGAUCUUGUCAACCACGUCAUGGUACUGGCUGGCGAGGUUGCUGGCCAAUGGCUCAAGGACCGGCAAGUUCCAGUAGUUUUUGCCGCUCGCUCUGAUUGGCAGAAUUGUCUAAAGACUCAAGCGCAAAACCGUUCCCGUGACUUCUGGAUCUGCCAGGCUCUUUUCCGGUCCUUUUAUUUCAAGGCGGCAAAGCUACCACAGACUUUUCAGUGUAUCAUCCAGGGCGAGAACUUUGAUGCGCCGUACGAAUUUGGUGCUGAUUGGGACGAAUACUACGGUAGACUACAACCAUUCGAUCUACAGUGUGUAGUCACCCAUAGCAAGACAGCUUCACCCAUGCAAAUAGGUGAUUUGGUGGAUGUGGAACUUGUGUCAAUUGAUAUGUAUUCUCUUCGAGUGACUGUUAAGUUUUCUCGUCAUGUCAAACGUCCGGAGAACGCUUUACGAACCGGUCUAAACGGCGGUGCAACAUCGGUACACCAGGAUUUGUAUGCGGGCAAGUAA